UUUUUUUAUACCACCAAUUUUUUUAAAUCAAGGAUAAUUUGCCAUGAUGAAAAUGUUUUUAGUGCUUUUGUUGAGUGUGUUUUCGUUGGUGCAAGGGAAAGUGACACCGGACUACUUCCCGCAAUGCAAGAGGAACGAUCCCCAAAUCGAGAAGUGCAUCCUGGAUGCUGUGGAGGUUUUGAAGCCGAAGUUGCUGGAGGGCAUCCCGGAGGUUGCCGUGCCGUCCAUCGAGCCCUUCAGCCUGCCGACCCUAAAGCUGGACAGGAACGCCCCAUCCCUCCGUCUGAAGGCCAACGUCAAGAACAUGAAGGUGUACGGUGGAUCCAACUAUAAGAUUGAGAAGUUCAAACUGAACCUGAACAACAAGUACGUGGCUGAGCUGAAGCUGUCCCUGCCGCGUGUGCACGUGACCGCCGACUACGACGUGCGCGGCUCGCAGGUCCUCACUGUCGACAUCAACGGCAAGGGCAGGAUGAAGUGUAACUUCACAAACAUUGUUGCUGUAGUCAAAGGAACGGCCAAGGAAAUUGAGAAGGACGGCGUGAAAUACCUGCAGGUGGACAAGAUCAUCGCCAAACUGAAGCUCGGACACGGACAAGUUGCCUUCGACGACACCGAGAGACCUGUUGCUGCAUCCUCAGCAGCGGCAUUCUUCAACGCCAGCCCCACCGCUGUUUUGGAAAUUUUCAAUCCGCUCAUCGAGGAAAGCGCCGCCACCAUAUUCAAGGCGUACGCCAACAAAAUAUUCUCCAUCAUACCCCUCAGUGAGAUCCUGUAUGAAGACUAGUGAAUAGACUAGAAGAAGACAAGUUAAUAGACUAAAGCCUAAGUAGGUUAAGAUGUUGAGCGACUGAUUUAAG